GGAGCGAUGGCGGCCGCAGGUAACUCGGACGGCGACAGCGAGGAGCUGGUGCUUACCCCAGCACAGCUGAUCCACAGCCUGGAGCAGGCCUGGCUGAAUGAGAAAUUUGCUCCAGAACUGCUGGAGAGUAAACCUGAAGUCGUCGAGUGUGUUGUAGAGCAGCUGGACCAUAUGGAAGCAAACCUGAAACGGGCAAAGAGGGGAGACCUGAAGGUCAGUGUUCACCACAUGGAGGUCGAAAGGAUUCGUUUUGUGCUCAGCAGCUACUUGCGGUGUCGACUGGUGAAGAUAGAGAAGUUUUUUCCCCACAUCCUGGAGAAGGAGAAGUCUCGAGCUGAAGGGGAGCCCUCCAUUUUAUCACCAGAGGAGUUUGCUUUUGCUAAAGAGUAUAUGGCAAACACAGAAGCUUACCUGAAAAAUGUGGCUCUAAAACACAUGCCACCUAACCUGCAGAAAGUGUCUCUCCUAAAAUCAGUUCCAAAGCCCAACCUGGACUCCUUUGUGUUUCUGAGGGUGCUGGAGCGGCAGGAGAACAUCCUAGUGGAGCCAGAGACAGAUGAGCACAGGGAAUAUGCCAUCAAUCUGGAGGAGGGCUCGCAGCACCUGAUCCGCUACAGAACCGUGGCCCCUCUGGUGGCUUCAGGAGCCGUGCAGCUCAUCUGAGGGGAGAGGUAAGCGUGUGGUGGGAGGACCAGUGACUGCACCAUCUGCCCUGCCCACCCCACCACAGUGGGGCUGGCAGGAGCUCCCCAUGGGGCUGCCUGGGCCAGGUCCCCUCUGGGGCUGGGUCCUUUCCCAGGAC